AUGGCCCCUUCUUCUUGUGUUUCUCCUGCUCCUCCUCCUCCACCAGCUCCUAGUUUUCAGCGUAACCUUGUCAUUCCUUCAACCAAGAUGACUUUUACUCACACCAACACCUCAUGUGCAAACGACAUGUUGCUCGCCAUGCCCAAACCACAGUUCAAGGGCACCCAUUCCACGCCUUUGAUACCCAUACGACCUUGUUCACAACCCGAGAGAUCGCAUUCACACACCACUCGAUCUGUAUCAGCCGAGCCAACGAGAAAGCAGGAACAAUUAUCAGCCUCCAGCUUCUCCAAGAUCCGAUUACUAGGCAAGGGUGAUGUGGGGAAGGUUUACCUUGUCAAGCAAAAGGAUAGUGGCAGCUUGUAUGCACUCAAAGUCUUAUCAAAAAAGGAAAUGAUCAGGCGAAACAAGAUCAAACGUGCUUAUGCUGAGCAGACCAUUUUGGCAUCCGUCAACCAUCCUUUCAUUGUACCAUUGUAUCAUUCAUUUCAAAGCAAAAACUACCUCUACUUGGCUAUGGAGUUUUGUGUUGGAGGCGAGUUCUUUCGAGCAUUACAGCGGAGACCAGGAAGAGUCUUGAUGGAGAAUGACGCACGGUUCUAUGCAGCGGAGGUCGUUGCUGCCCUCGAAUACCUACACUUGUGCGGAAUCGUAUUUCGAGAUCUCAAACCUGAAAAUAUCCUAUUGCAUGAAUCAGGUCAUCUCAUGUUAUCUGAUUUUGAUCUUUCAAUACAAUCACCAUCGGCUGGUGCACCCUCCAUCGUACGAACCAAUCUUCCCUUCUCGCGACCCAUGUUAGAUACCAAGUCUUGUGCUAAUUUACGGACCAAUUCCUUUGUGGGCACAGAAGAGUAUUUGGCACCUGAAGUGAUUCGUGGUGAUGGCCAUUCUAGUACCGUGGAUUGGUGGGCAUUGGGUAUCUUCAUUUAUGAAAUGCUGUAUGGCUUCACCCCUUUCAAAGGCACAUCACGUGACGAGACAUUCGACUUGAUCAUUACACAAUCACUCGACUUCCCCGAUUUUUCCAACAAUGUAUACUACAGCGGACCAUCCAGUACAGCAAGGUCACUUGUUCGUAAGCUCUUGCACAAAGAUGAGACGAAACGGCUUGGAUCUAAGGCUGGAGCGAGUGAAGUCAAAUCACAUGCAUUCUUCAAACCCAUCAACUUUGCAUUAUUACGGAACAUGAAGCCACCUAUUAUACCAGCCAAAUCCAAUAAUGCCAUUGAUGCUGUCAACUUUAAGCAUGUCAAGGAAAGCCUUAGUUUUGAUCUUCAAAAGAGUCUCGCUGCUCCACCAUCUCCCCCUGCGACCGAUGAUGACGAGGACCCAUUCGCUGAUUUUGGAUCAGCUAUCCUGCAUCACGACAUUGUAGAAUCACCUUAA